AUGCGUCAAAGAGGAAAACAACGUCGGGAGGCUGAUGGCGAGGGACAGCAGGGAGCUGCACUCGAGGUUGGUCCGCAGCAUCCAGCAUUUCCCGAAGGACCUACUGAUACAUCUUUAUUGGUUAGAUAUCAGAGUCAUGUUGCCUAUCAUUUAUGGUUGGGCGAGGAGAGACGACCAAAGCCAACCUUAAAGGUUGCUGCACAUGGCAGCAAAUUAAUAGGAUGGGUUCCGCCAAUGCUCCUAAGGCAGAUGAAUGAUUGGCUAGUUGCAUCUGGUCUGUCAUCUUUGCAGCAUACUAGUUUGGCCAGGGUAGAUACACAUCUGUUAUCUGCUUUUGUUGAGAGAUGGCAUCCUGAAACAUUGUCAUUUCAUAUGCCGUUCGGCGAGAUGACCAUCACGCUAGAUGAUGUUUCAUGUCUUCUUCAUGUUGUCAUACCCCAAAAUUUGCCCGAUCAAAUCCGUGUCUUGUAA